AUAGGCUAAAGAAAAGGCCAGGGAGUUUUUUUUUUUUUUUUAAAUCAUCUUAUAGCUCCUUCGGGUUCGAUUAUGAUUUAAAGUUUGUUUUAUUUAGGCCUACAGACCAGCUAUAUUUCAAAGUUGUCAGUCAGGCUGCUACCGAUCGAUGAUCUUCGUUUUGUCCUGAACGUUUGGUCAUAAUAAUUUGGAACACAGACGGAUUAACAGAGCACAUCGCGAUUAGCCGUGCUGUUGGAAUUUCAGGCAUUUUGCUCCCUAAUUAUCCAGACAGAGUAUUGCGAAAAACCGCUGGAGGUCGCAACUUGCCACCGCAAGCAACGGGAAUUGAAAGCGCACAAAACGCAGUAAAAUGCCAUCACCGCUGUAAUACGAAAUCGGAGAGAAUGUGGACAGAGCCACAGACGUUCAUAAAGUAAGACUCUCUUGAGCUCCUCUCCAGGAGAUGCAGAAGAGUUUUGGUAGCGCUCCACUGCGCACACUGAGCAGGUGCGUUGUCGGCGCGGCAGAACGCGCACAAAGGCGCAUUUGUAUCAGCCUCCCCACAGGUUGAACACACUGGGCUCAGGUGCUGUAACGUGAGACUGCAUCAUGUGACCACCAAAGGGACUACUGGAGGAGAAGAAGAGGAGGACGAAAAAAAUGUUUUACAGGUUGGCACUGCACUUACAGGCAAAACAUUGCGGCUACUCCUAGAACAAAAACGCCACCAAUGAAGGGAUUUUGACAGCCUGCUUAUUGAAAAUGAAUCAUACACCAGCGCAAAACAAUUAGAUUGAGUGGUUUAAAUUAACAUCCGCAAAGCGGAAGCUGACUUUUUUGAUAACAUACUGUUGUGAAGGAUAAUCACCUGCUUUCGAGUCGACAGAAAUAUUCCUGCAUUCAGGGAAAUUCCAGAUCUUCAUCAGAGAAAGAAGUUUGCAAUGACUGAGAUUACUGUCAGAAUGGCAUGGACCUGACGUUGCCAUACUGCCACUGAAAAGCUACCCAUGCUGGACUGAGGACUGGUCAUAAAGACUUUAAAAAAUGACAGCUGUGCCGGCCUCAGUAUCACAUUUUGGGCUGGUGGCAGGUGGUGUCCUGCUGCUGGCGCUGAAGAACAACCCAGCCAGAGCUGGAAAUGUGACCAUCUUCUCCACAGCUGAAAAUGCGACCAUCUCCAGUGGUUCCGUCCGGAACGGAACCUCCACUGGCUCCCCUGAUGUGGUAGCCAUCGUGGUGCCUACGGUGGUGGUGGGUCUGCUGGCCAUCAUCACGGCGGUCCUGGCCUAUUUGUUCAUUGUGGUGCGGAAGAAGAGGCAGACGGAGGGCACGUACAGGCCCAGCGCCGAGGAGCAGAGCGGCACACGCAGCGUGGCAAUGCCAGACACCCUCAAACUGCCCAAAGAGGAGCGGCUGAUCUAGCAGCUCUCCUUACUGUGGAGCUGAAGACAGGUGGCCCAUUCGCAAAAGUACCUCAAUAGCAACUGCUGGUGAAGCAAUCCUACACUGUGAUGCAUGUGUUAGGUACUGGUAGGUGCCCUUCUAUUCCUUCACAAUGGACGUCGGUAGCAACUGCUGGAUUAUGGCUGCCACGCUGGUGAACACCAACCAGAGGUGAUGAAUGGAGAACUUUUAAUGUGACGUCUUCAAAAUGCUCAACAUCAUCAGAGUGGCGAUGGCUUACGCAGUCAUCAAUCUGGUGUCAUCAUCGCCCAGUGGGCACCAGGUGUUACCUCCCUGCUUAUAGCUUCAUCUAAACAAACAAGGGCGUCAGUGACGAGAAGUGGAAAUCUUUCAAGUGCAACAUCAACCAGGGACAUGGCCAAACGCCUAACAGAAUAUACCCUAUGGGUAGACUGAAGCAGAAGGGAGUGCGAUGGGUAGUUGUGCUGAGACUGAAAGGCUGAUAAUAAUUCAUGGAAAUUACUGACUUCUUGUUCGCUGCUCGGGCACCGUCAUAACUAACUGCAUACUAUUUCUAUGUACGUACUGUAUUACAUAGCUUUAGUAGCCGCUGCUAUUGUAAAGUCGUCUAGGAGUAACGUGCAGAGAUGUGAAGAACUGCAAAACAAAGCUCUUGAAAUGUUAAUGUUUAAAUGACAUUGUGGCGUUCAUUAUGGAAGUUUAUGAAUAACAUGAUAGAGUUGUUUGCUCAAGGACCUGUACCAAUGGUGAUAGGCCUGAUUCAGUCUGUACCUCUAUGUCACUACAAUGUAACAGGUAGCACACACUGGAAGCAUAGUGCUACUGUAAACAAUGAAUAUAGACUGAAAGUAGGUUGACAUUUCAUUUUUUGAAAAAUAUUUUUACAUAAGCAAUUGUUGUUUAGAUGUACUGUCUGUAACACUAACUAAUGGGAAUCUCACUAUGUAUACUAAGGAGAAAGAUGAUUGUUUACACUUGAAUGAUUUUACUCUUCAUUUCAACUAAAUACCUAAUGAACGCAAUCAAUAUAAAUGCACAAACAUUGUGCAGUUGACUGAAACUGAAAGGCAGUUAAAUGAUAGUUAAUAACCAUCACACUUUUUAAUUUAUUCUGGUGUAAUUACGUAUACUGGUCAUAUCUGUGAAUGAAUGUCAUAUUAAAAUUGUUUUUUUAAUCCAAAUUGAG